UGGCGCCGCCGCGGACCACCUAAAAUGGCCGACGGAAGAACGGCGCGUCCCGGUCACGUGACGCGCGAGCGCGCCCUUUGCACCCCCGCCCCCCCGCCAGUUUUUCCCCUUCCUCCUCGGUCCCGCCCGCGCGCCGCCUUUCAUACCUUCUCCGCACGCGCCGCGCCGCUCUGCGUGGGGCCUUUAAAAGGAACCGGAAGUGGCGUCCGCCGGGAGAGCCGCGCCGAGACCAUCGAGAACAAGGGGCGCUGUUUCCAAGGCGCAGCUAGAGGGGCCGCUUCCCCCGCCCUCGCCUCUCGAGGGUUCCCGGGGCGCUCACCCGCCCACCCCACCCCUGCCUGCCCGCCCGCCCGCUCCAGCAGGCGGGGCGGCGGGCAGCGGAGUGGGGGCGCCUCGCGGGCGGCGGCCGUGCCCGCGCGCCGGCGGACUCGGCGAGGGAGGAGAGGCGCCCCGCCGGCGGCCCUGGGCGCCGGGGUCCGCGGGAGGAGAGCGGCCACCCCGAGGGGGCGGCCGGGCCCACGCCGCUCCGGGGACGCCGGGCCGGCCGCGCCCGUGCACGGCCUGCGGCAGCUCCUCCGGCCACCGGAGCCGCCCGCGCCCGGGUGACAUUGAGGUGCCCGCGGCUGCCGCUGCCGCGCCCCCCAGCCCCGGCGGGCGGGCUGGAGCCGCCGGCCCGAAGGGCUGCCUCCUUCGCGGCUUGUUCUCCGGGUCGGAUGUGUGCCUGCCUGCCCGUCUCCUGAAGUUUUUCGUCGAAAGCAGCGGGCACCUUGCGUGUUUUAAGAAACGGGGUUGUCUUGCUCUGCUUACUCGGAGGAUCCCGACACCUGCCACGUCCUUGGGGACGUGUGUGAGAUCAAGCGCGCGUUCGGUUAAUGUAAUGGUCUUCAGUCUGUGCGUUGUGUGCAUCGUCUUUACGAGGGUGCUCGGUUUGGGGCGUUGUGGGUUUGGGCGGCUUUGGUUAAACCCGCCAGGCGUCUUGUGCGGGGUAGCAGUCAAGUUCGUCUUUAACAGACCUGUUAGAAAUCCCAAGUGCCUUGGCUGGAAACUGAGUUAUUCGGGCUCGGGGACUGGCAGCUUCCUGCACGCACAUCUAGAAGAAAAUGAAGGUUUGGGGCACUUCUUUCGUCAGGAGAUGAUUUUGCGCCUGUUUCGUCAUGUGCCCAGACACUGAGCAAACGAAGACUAGUGCGAGAUACAGCAGAGGACUCUGGAGAGAAUAAUUAAAACCCUAGAAUGCAGAUCAAAUUCUGAAAACGUCUUAAAAGACCAUCGUACUGAAUUCCUCUAAGGAAAUCAUAAACAAGCAAUGCCAAGGAUGCGUACCUCAGAGCACGUGGUGGCGACUUCGGGUGUGUCUCCAUCUGUCGAAGUGGAAGCCAAGAAGAAAGUGAGUGUUGUGCUCUACCAAAUACUCCAGUUUAGAGACAACUAAAAAGAACGCCUGAAGGGGGUGCCUCGAAUCUCUUGCGUUCAAAAGAGGAUUCUUUUGCUCUUGAGACACUUUUAGACAAGUCUGCUUUUUGUUUGUUUUUUAAAGAAACGUGGUUAUUGUUUAUUUUUUAAGAAACGUAGUUGUUGCUUCUCUUUUUUAGGGGGGAAGUGGGGCAGGGCAUAGGAAAGUUCCCAGGCCAGGGAUUGAACCCUUGCCACAGUAGCUCCCCAAACUGCUGCAGUGACAAUGCCAGAUCCUUAACCACUUGCACCACAAGGGAAAUCCCCAUGCCUGCCUUUCGGCAACACAUUUCCCUAAAAGGUUCAUUUUAAUUCACACGUAGCCCAGUGGCUCAUGGACUUCUUGGAGUUUAUACUAAAAAUUCCAGGAAAGCUAGGAGUGAUUUUAAAGCUAACACCUUUCCUAUAUGUUAUGUGCAUAUGCAUGCCUUAUCACUCAUAACCCGACAUGUUACAGUCCAAAUCUCUACAUCCUCUGUCUCAGCAUCCACCCAGCAUUCUUCUCGGAACUCACUUAACUUCAACCCUAGUUCUCUUCACAUUACUCAGCUACUCAUAUUCAUCCUUCAAGACCCCAAUGAAAUGUUACUACUUAAGAAAAAAGACAAAGUUCCUCCUUCUGUGAAGCCUUCCCACACUGCCUGAGACAGAAUUAAUUAUUCAUUCUCACAUCCUUUAUCCUUACUCCUGUUAUUGUAAAUGUGCAAUUUGCUAGACCGUGGUUUCCUGGAGAGUAAAGGUAAUUGUUCUGUGUUUCCUUUCUGCCUCACACACACGUACAUAGACACUCAUAGGCUAAUUGCUGAUGGAAUUAUUUAAUGGCAACUUGCUGGGUUUAGAAUCUUUCUGGCCAAGUAGAUACGCUUCCAAGGACUUAAAAGUCUCUUCCCACCAUCCUAUUCCAUCUCUGGCAUAAAAACACUUGCUCAAACCACUUGUUGAUUUGUGAAAAUCCUUAAGAGGGAGAAAACUAAACUUUUAUCCCAUAUACACGUGUAAGAACUUAAUGUGUAAGUGGCUGAAGAUUGUAUAUUGGUGCUUUAUUAGACUGGCCCAAACCACUGCAGGGAAGUAAUAUCCCCUCAGUGUCCAUGCUUUGGGAGAUUCCCAGUGUGUUUCAGAUAACACACUGAAGUACCAGAGCCUCACUGAAUUGAGCUCGGGUACUUGAGACAUGCAGCUGCCAGCCUACACCACAUCCACAGCACUGCCAGAUCCAAGCUGCAUCUGCAGCCUACGAUGCAGCUUGCAGUAACACCAGAUCCAAGCCACAUCUGCGACCUACACCACAGCUCAUGGCAACACCAGAUCCUUAACCCACUGUUCAAGGCCAGGGAUUGAAUCCGCAUCCUCAUGGAUUCUAGUGGAGUUCUUAACCCCCUGAGCUACAAUGGGAACUCUCAAAUUCAGCAUUUAUGAAGCAAAAACUGCAGAAAAAACUAGAGUACUUAUAAAAGGCAAAAAAAGUUCAUUUGAGGCUUAAACUGGAAUCACUUUUACCUGGGACAAGAUGUACACACAGAAGUCAAAAGAUCACAGUUUUAAUCUGCUAAAUGCACUGUACACAUGGGGCAAGCAAAUCUAUGCUCAAAUUUUUUUAAGUGGAAUAUGCAUUUCAUUCAGCAACCUAGAAUAAACUGUCCAUAAAAACCCAUUUCCUAUACAAGGUACAGGAGUUCCCACUGUGGUGAAGCAGAAACGAAUCAGACCAGUAUCCCUGAGGUUGCAUGUUCAAUACCUGGCCUCGAUCAGUGGGUCAAGGAUCUGGCAUUGCCGUGAGCUGUGGUGUAGGUCACAGGCACGACUCAGAUCCUGAGUGGCUGUGGCUGUGGUGUAGGCUGGCAGCUACAGCUCCAAUUCUACCCCUAGCCUGGGAACUUCCAUAUGCUACAGGUGCAGCCCUAAAAAGAGGAAAGAAAGAAAAUAGUUACUUCACUCCAGACCUACGUAUCCAACUGCCUGCUUAACGUCUGCACUUGGACGUCCCGCAGGCAUCUCAAGCUUUAGAUGUCCGACUCACCUUCCCUGCAAAUCAGCCUCGGUCUUCCUCUUCCCAGUAAUUGACACCUCCACCCACUCAUGUGCUCCUGGCAAAAGUCAGGGGGUUCGUAAUUGUCCUUGACAGGCUAUUCUAGAUACAGAGGUCCGAGAAGACUCUUCAAGGAGGCGCCUUUUUGAGUAGAGCCCCGAAGAAGGUGAGGGAGGAAGGGAUACACAGCUCAGGGAAGACUACGAGCCAAAGACAGAAGGGUGCUUGACACUGAGCGAUCGAGGGCACUGUGGAUGAACAGAGGGAAGGCAAAAAAAGUAAGAGGUCAUACCUGAGAAGUGUCCAGAAAUGAGGUCACCCAGCGCCUUGUAAGCAGCAGUUAGCACUUUGCUUUUAUUAUAAAUGGGAUGAGAAAAGAUGGGAGGGAAAAGAUAUAACCUGACUUAAACCUUAAGUGGCCAGAAUAAUCCAGAUAAUUAUAAUCUGGAUUCUAAUAAUCCAGACCACUCUGGAUGUUGUAUGGAUAGUGGAUUUAGAGGAUAUCAGGAAGAGAUGCUAGAAAGCCACUGUCACGAGGCCUAUCAUGGUUGGUUUCUUCUGAUAAGAGUCUCCAAAUGAGGUGUGAUUUAUAUGUUGUCUAAUGACUUUAUUUUACUAGAAUGACUCUUUUUGGCCACCCCGUGGCACAUGGCAUUCCUGGGCUAGGGAUCAGAGCUGAGCUGAAGUUGCGACCUGUGCCGCAGCUGCAGCAACGCAGGAUCCUUAACCCACUGAGCCCAGCCAGGGAUUGAACCUGCAUCCUUGUGCUCCAGAGAUGCCCCCGAUCCUGUUGCACCACAGCGGGAACUCCUAGAAUGACAUUUUCAGCAAAGGAAAACAUGCUCUGAUGACAGCAAGGCUCAUUAAAGAUAAAACAAGCACUCUCACCGGUUGUCCUUGUGUAAGUGACAUUGUCUUUAAACGCUGCCUGGCAAUCCCUGAUGCACCGCUGUGGUUCCCAGGGCAGACAGGAUGACCUGGGAGUCCAGCUACUUCCUUAAGGUCAUCUGACUUCUGGAUGAUUAUCCGAAAUGCUUCACUGCCGGAGCAGACAACGUGGACACAUCCGCACGCCCCUCAGCAGGAAGACGAGGUGCGGAUGGGCAGGAGCGCCAGGAUGCGCGAGGCCAUCCGAGGGCACCUGCGGACAGCGCCGCUCUGGAGAAACAGUUGCCUCACAUCCCAGGGGAGGGUGGGCUUUGCAUUCACCAAGGAGGACCUCACUGAGAUUAGAGACAGCCUGCUGGCCAGUAAGGUGCCCACUGCCACCUGUGUUGGUGCCAUAGCCCUGUGCAGAGUCACUGUGCCCGCCCAGAACACGAGUCUGGGGCCCGAGAAGACCCCCUUCUUCCAGGCUUUAGGCAUCACCGCUGAAAUCUCCAGGGGCACCGUCGAAAUCCUGAGGGAUGUGCAGCUGAUUAAGACGGAGACAGAGUGGGAGCCAGCGGAGCCACAUUGCUGAACACCCUGAACCUCUCCCCCAGCUCGUUUGGGCUCAUCAUCCGGCAGGGGUUUGACUGCGGCAGCAUCGACCAUCCUGACGUGCUUGACGUCACAGAGGAGACUCUGGAUUCUCCGGAGGGUAUCCGAGAGCUUGCCAGCGUGUGUCUGCAGAUUGGCUACCCAGCUGUUGAAUCUGUACCCCAUUCUAUCAUCAUUGGGUACAAAUGGGUCCUGGCUUUGUCUGGAGACAGGUAACACCGUCCCCUUGCUGAAAAAGUCAAGGCAUUCUUGGCUAAUCCAUCAGCAUUUGUGGCUGCUGACCCCAUGGCCACUGCCACCACUGCUGCUCCUGUUGCUGCCACCACAGCCCCAGUCAAGGCUGAAGCAAAGGAAGAGUCAGGCAAGGAUAUGGGAUUUGGUCCCUUUGACUAAUCACCAAAGAGCAACCAACUCAGCCAGCUUUAUUUGUGGAACAAAUAAAGGCUUACUCCUUUU